AUGGAAGAUCCAGAAGUAAUCCAAGCCCGAGCUAAACUUGCUGCAAAAUUCGGUGACAAAGCUCGCUUAGGCGGCAAAGGUUCUAUGAAGCGAAAACAAAAAAUUGUUCACAAGAGCAGCAGUGUCGAUGACAAGAAGCUAAAAUCUUCCCUGAAAAAGCUAGGAGUCCAGCCAUUACCUGCAAUAGAAGAAGUUAAUUUCUUUAAAGACGACAGCACAGUCCAGCAUUUUGAGAAUCCAGAAGUCCAAGCCAAUGUGAAAGACAAUUUCUUCUUAAUAUCAGGGAAAAAUGAAGUAAAAGCAAUAAAAGACCUGAUGCCUGGGAUCAUCACACAGUUAGGACCAAAGAAUAUGGACUUUUUGAAAGAGUUUGUGCAGGCUGCUAAGAAAGAUGAUAAAGAGGAAGUGCCAGAGCUAGUAGGGGACAAGAAUUUUGAAGAUAUUGCAAAUCAAGAAUAA